UGUUUCUUGUAUUGUUGUUUGUACCCAUAGGACUAUGAGAUUACUCGUUCCAAAUUGAUUAGGCUUUGGGUUGCAGACGGAUUUUAUAGAUGGGAAUCCUCUACCCAUUGAAGCCUCCGACUACUCUUGAAAGGUUAGAACUCGAUUGUUGUCUACCAAGUGGGAAGCUGCCUAAUUGGGUUGGGGUUGAAUAUCUCCCAUGCCUCUCUGAACUAGUCUUAUACAAAGCCCACCUCACCCCGGACCCAUUUGUUGUCCUUCAAAGGCUGCCCAAUCUCAUGUUCCUCCAUCUAGGCCCCGAGUCUUACAUGGGCAAGCGUAUGGGUAAAUGUGAUGCUGCUGCCUUCCCUAAACUUCAAAAACCUUAUUUCAUUCGUUUGAAAGAAUGGGAAGAAUGGGGAGAAGUGGAGGAGGGAGCCAUGGCAUGCCUCCAUAAAUUAUCUAUUUGGGGAUGUAAGAAAUUGAGAGGGUUGCCUCCAGGCUUCCAAUACCUCUCUACCCUUCAAGAGUUGUUACUUUGGGAUAUGGGAGAUGAAUUUGUGAGCCGAUUAAAGAGAGAUUCAGGUGAAGACCGUUUCAAAGUGGAACACAUCCCCACUGUUCAUGUUCGGUUACCUGGAGUUGGGAAAUUUUUUUUUGAAGAUUUAUAGAGUCAUGUUCGGUUACCUGGAGUUGGGAAAAAUGUUUUUGAAGAUUUGUAGAGACGGGGAAAGGGUUUACGAAGAUUUGUAGAAAGCAUCCUCUGGUCGCUC